AUGACGGCAUCCAGAGCUUCACACUCGCGCGAGUCGUCGACGGCCAGCGUCCGCCAUGCACACGCGCCCGCCACGCCCAGCCAGCUGCGACAGGCCCAUGUGCCCUCGGACUCGUCGACGUCGCCCGACACGGCCAUGCACCGCCCGCUUUCCUACUACCAUGACGAUGAUGAUGACAAUGACGACGGCAACGCCAACAGCAACACCAACAACACCAACAACAACAACACCACCACCACCACCACCUCCUCCUCCUCCACCGCGCCCUCGAGCAGCGCCCCUCCGCCAGACGCCGCCGUCAUCGUGUCCACGGCCGGCAUCCAGCCUACGGCAGACGCCUCGUCGGCGGCGCACCUGACGCGCCAAAACGUCGGCGCUGCUGGCGGCAUCAUAGAAAUCGACCUCGAGCCCACGGUGCGCUCGCGCCUGCUGCAACACCACGACGCGGGGCAGAGGCCGGCCACGCACCGCAGCUAUGGCAGCUUCGCGGGGAGCAUGCACUCGGAGCAGAGCUUCGGCGGCGCCUUCCCCGGCAGCCAGCAGACGCCCGACGAGACGCAUGCGCUGCUGGGCGACGCCUUUGCCGACGGCGUCAUCAGCCAGACGGGCCCCGGCAAGACGAGCACCACGCGCUGGCUGGCCGAGCGCCACGGCAUCAAGGACAAGCGCAUCAUGUACCUCAAGUACUACAUCCCCAUUCUCAACUGGACCCAGCAGUACAAGUGGCGCUACUUCAAGGGCGACCUGGUGGCGGCCGUCACCAUGGCCUCGUUCUACAUCCCCAUGGCCCUCUCGUACGCAUCCAACCUGGCCCACCUGCCCCCCGUGCACGGCCUGUACAGCUUCGCCUUCAACCCGCUCAUCUACGCCAUGCUGGGCACGUGUCCGCAGAUGGUGGUCGGCCCCGAGGCCCCGGGCUCGCUGCUCGUCGGCGAGAUUGUGCGCGAGAACAUCAAAAAGGGCACCACGCACGACGACGACGGCAGACGCAACGCCGAGAUUGCCGGCAUCGUGACGUGCAUGGCGGGCGCCUUCAUCCUCAUUGGAGGCUUCUUCCGCCUCGGCUUCCUCGACAACGUGCUCAGCAGGCCCUUUUUGCGCGGCUUCAUCAGCGCCAUUGGCGUCGUCAUCUUUGUCGACCAGUUGAUACCGCAGAUGGGGCUGGCCCGGCUGGCCGCUGACCAGGUGUCGCACGGCAGCUGCCUGGACAAGUUUGUCUUCCUCGUGCGCAACGUGGGCAAUGCACACGGCCUGACGUGUGCCGUGUCGUUUACUGCCUUUGCCAUCAUCAUGUUCUUCCGGGAGUUCAAGAAGCGCGUGCAGCCACGCUACCCGAAUGUGGCAUACAUACCAGACCGCUUCGUCGUGGUGGUGCUUGCGGCCGUCGUCACGUGGCAAUACCGGCUCGACCAACACGGGCUGGCGGUGCUGGGCGAGGUCAACUCGAGCGCCAAGCUCUUCUCGGUGCACUUCCCGUUUGAAAUGUCGCACCUCAAGUACGUGUCGGAUGCCAUCAACACGGCCCUCAUCAUUGCCAUGCUCGGCUUCUUCGAGUCGUCGGUGGCGGCCAAGUCGCUGGGCAGCGGCGACCACAACAAAGAGGGCGUGCAGAUGCCGCUGAGCGCCAACCGCGAGCUGAUUGCUCUGGGCACGGCCAACAUCACGGGCGGGCUCUUCAUGGCGCUGCCCGCGUUUGGCGGCUACGGGCGCUCCAAGGUCAACGCCUCGACGGGCGGGCUGACGCCGGUGAGCUCCAUCCUGCUGUCGAUGAUUACCAUUCUGUGCACCGUCUUCAUGCUGCCGUACUUUUACUACCUGCCCAAGGGGGUGCUGUGCGCCAUGGUGUCGGUGGUGGCGUACUCGCUCGUCGAAGAGGCGCCGCACGACAUCAAGUUCUUCUGGAAGAUUGCGGGCUGGUCGGAGCUGAUUCUCAUGGGGCUGAUUUUCGUCAUCACGAUUGUGUGGGAUCUCAAGCGCGGCAUCGGCGUGGGCAUCGGGCUCUCGAUCCUGCGCCUCAUCCGCCAUUCGGUCCGGCCGCGCAUCCAGAUUCUAGGGCGGGUGCCGGGAACGACGAACCAGUUCACCAACGCCGAGCAUCACCCGGGCGACGUCGAGUUUAUUGAAGGGUGCCUGAUUGUCAAGAUCCCAGAGCCGUUGACGUUUGCCAACACGGGCAACCUCAAGACACGGCUUCGGCGCCUCGAAGACCACGGGACCAGCCGGGCCCACCCAGCGUUGCCGCGCGUGCGGCGUGCCGAGCACAACAAAAACAUCAUCUUUGACGUGCACGGCGUGACGUCGCUCGACGGAGCGGGGACGCAGGUGCUUGCGGAGAUUGUCGAGUCGUACAUCCAGCGGGGGGUGCGCGUCUUCUUUUGCAGAGUGCCGCAGGAGUCGAGUCCAGUGCACAAGCUGUUUGAGCGCAGUGGCAUUAUUGAAAUGUGUGGCGGGCCCCGGCACUUUGUGCAGAGCGUGGAAGAGGCGUUGCGUAUGACGGAGCUGGAGCGGCUGACCGAGGAUUGCCCGAGCUCGGCGGAGAGCUCUCGCGCUGAGUCGAGUCGGGCAUGACGGGUAGUCGAGUGUGCAUGGUGUGGGUGGGUGUGUGCAAGUAUAGGCGUCAGCCAAGACAAGACCGUAAUACAACAAUACAGACGACAGUGC